AAAUGCGUCUUUUCUUCGUCUGUUCUAUCUUCUUUACCAAUUUCUGCAAUUCUGGAGAAGCUAAAGGUCUCAAUCUCUCAGUCAAAAACAAAAGGUCUCUCCUUUAUUAAACUAUCUAUCACUAACUAGAAGAAGAGAUUAGAGGAGGAGGAAGAAGAUGUUGUUUCAGGUGGGAGGUGAAGGCACACGCCCCACCUUCUUUGAGAUGGCUGCUGCUCAGCAACUUCCUGCUAGCCUUCGCGCCGCUCUCACCUAUUCCCUCGGCGUUUUUGCUUUGAGACGAUCGUUUCUCCAUAAGAUUUUAGACUAUGAGGAUGAAUUCUUUGCUGCUCUGAUGCUUAUUCUUGAAGGACACAGCUUACGAACCACAGAUGGUUCCUUUGCUGAAUCAUUGUAUGGUUUAAGGAGGAAAUCAGCGAGAUUGAGAUUGAGGAAAGACAGUGCCAGGAAGGAUUCUAGCGAAGAAGUUCAACAUUCUGGUUUAGAGAAGCGUCAGAGAAUCCUUUCUGUUGUGUUUCUGGUUGUGUUACCGUAUUUCAAGUCAAAAUUGCAUGCUAUAUAUAAUAAAGAAAGAGAGGCUAGGCUCCGGGAAAGUUUAUGGGGUGCAGAGGAUCAAGGAUUUGAUGAAGCUGACUUCUUCACAGGGGAUGAUUCAAUUGUUUCAAGAGAGCCUAGUGGGAAUGAAGAGCUUUCUGUUCGAGUACAAUUAGCUACCAAAAUUAAAAAGUUUAUAGCUGUCUGCUAUCCUUGGAUACAUGCAUCAAGUGAAGGAUUAUCGUUCACUUACCAGCUCUUAUAUCUGCUGGACGCUACUGGAUUUUAUUCUCUUGGGCUACAAGCUCUUGGGAUUCAAGUUUGUAGAGCUACAGGGCAAGAACUGAUGGAUACAUCCUCAAGGAUUUCAAAGAUUCGGAAUCAUGAGCGUGAGAGACUUCGUGGUCCUCCAUGGUUAAAAACGGUGCAAGGGGCACUUCUUAGCUGCUCAUAUGCUGUGCUUGACUAUGCCCAAACCGGUCUAAUUGCAGCAGUUUUUAUCUUCAAAAUGAUGGAAUGGUGGUAUCAAUCCGCUGAAGAGAGAUUAUCAGCUCCAACAGUGUACCCUCCACCUCCACCUCCUCCAGCCCCAAAGGUAAUCAAUCAGGUAGCAUUAUCUGAAACUUAUGUAAACAUCACUCAGUCGACUUUGUCAAAGUUUUUGUUUUUCUGUAACAGAUGGCCAAAGAAGGAAUCCCUCUACCUCCAGACAGAUCCCUCUGUGCUUUAUGCUUGCAAAAACGUGCAAAUCCAUCAGUUGUCACUGUCUCUGGAUUUGUUUUCUGCUAUUCUUGCGUAUUUAAGUAUGUUUCAAAGUACAAGCGAUGUCCGGUGACAUUGAUUCCAGCCAGCGUUGAUCAGAUUAGGAGGUUGUUUCAGGACACUUAGGACCAGUCUAUUUAAUGGUUUUAAGCCAACAGUGAGAGUUCCAUCAUCGUUCUCCCAUGCAAGUUAGAGUCUGAACCAGAAGAGCUAAAAGACUGCCAAGUGAGACACUAAUACCCCAAUUGAUUUUAUAUAUAUAUAUGGAUAAGCUUUCAUUUAGAGCUCACCAAGUCUGGGAUCAAGUGCUUCUUGGAUUGAAAGAAAGCUGUGUUAAUCCUAAUCAAAGCUGAUUCUGAUUAAAACAGAGAAGGCAGACAAAUGGUUACUUUUUUCUUUCUUAGUUUCAGCUUCGAAAUUGUUGUCUAUUGCACAAUGGGGGAUGAUAUUAUUGUUCAGGAUGGAAAAAUAAAAUUUAUAUACUGAUCAAAUUUAUAAAGAAAAGGAUGGAAGAGAUGAUUGGAGUUCAAACUUUCAUAG